AUGCCGUUCAGGCUGCGGAAUCCCAAUUCCAAUCCCAGCGCUGUGCCUCUGCUGGCUUUUGUCAUCGCGACGCUCCUCGCCCUGACGCCGAUUGUGUGUGAAGCGUGGGAGGCGUACACGUACAGCGGGAGCUUUUUCGAUCGUCUUGCUGUGGGUUCGGAAAUGGAGAGUGGCGUGGGGAUCUCCCCCAGUCGAUUCGAGGUCGGUGACGCGCUUGCACCGGAGGAGACGGGCGUGUUGGCAGCCAGUUUCCGUCCCAGCCAGCCGGGGUAUUCGCUUGGAAAAAGAAAAAGAAAAGCCGGACAGUCUCUUAUCGAGCCGACUUGGGACAACUCUACCUCCCUACCAGGAAAGCUACCAGCUCAACCGCAGCACGCUCGUGAGAAGACGGGGCAGCAAGUCUGCCAGAGCCACACGACAGGCGGGAUUCUCUCACUCUCACUCUCAUUCUUGUGUCUCGCGUCAGUCGACAUCCUCCCUAGAGGUCUAGAUAAUGAUAAUCGAAUGCACUUGCACUCGCACGCACACUUCGAGAGCAUUCCAGAGACACAGGUCGGCGUAGCGUCAGGACCGACCGAUCGACGGGGAAGCUUCCUAGCUAUCCUGGUCAGUUUGGUUGUGGGGAUUAUCUGGUUUUGA